CAGACUGACUCUACCUGAACCAAGUUCGUAGAGCCCCAGAGCCAAACAAUCGCACCUACAGACAUUGGCUGCCGGGCUGCUGCUUGACAGUCUGACUGACUGCCUGCAACGCGCGGGACACCCACGUACCCCAAGAAACAAAAAAAAAUAUCCACUUGGGUGCUCCAGUCGAUCCACCACACCAGUGACUCCGAUCGCUGCUGUCUGCCUCUCUCUGUGUGUGUCUGUCCAUCUGUGGCAGUGCACGCCAAUUAGCAGCUCUCUCGCUCGCAGACUGUCGUCUCGCCCGCACGCGCGUCUGGCGUGGAGGGAAGCAGCAGAGUCUUCUGUCCCAGCAGCAGCAGCAGCGACAUCACCAUCAGCAUUUUCAAGUCGUUGCGAGGUUGCAACGGAAAAGCGGCCGCGCGCGCAGCAAGCAGGCUGAUCAUCCACUCGGCUCCUCGGCGCACCUGGAGUUUUGAGAGCGAACGAGCAGCACGCAAGCAAGUUGCAGGGAAGACGGCAGAGGUGCAAAGUGGAGAGAUUGUCUUUGCAAUUGAGCGAAAGAGUGAAACCCUAGAAAGAGGCCCCUCACUAGCUCCUGCGAUCCCUCCAGUUUUGACCGACAACGGGCCGAAUUUUCCAGGCGUGUGAGUGCGUGUGCGUGUGCGUGUGUGUGUGUGUCUGCUUGCUGCUUGUUGCUCAGGCAUCAUCAUCAUCAUCAUCAUCGUCAGCAGCAGCAGCAGCAGCAUCAUACCAGACCUUACCAUACCAUACCAUACCCUACCAUACCAUAGCGUAGUAGCACCAUCUUCCCCCCCUCGCGCGCUGCCUCGUCCCCACGACGCACGCAGCCUCGCACCCAAUCUCGACGCCGCGGGCCUGUCGCGAGCAUCGCCCGGUUCGAUUCGGCGCUAGGCAGUAGUGAAUCCCAGAACAGCAGGCCUCCUCACCCAUCAGCACGGCUCGGUUCAAGGCCAUCUCGCAACCCUGGUCCCUCAGCAUCUGUACUGUCGUCAGGCUCCGCUGCCUCCGUCGGCCGGCGGAACAUUACCUCAUCGAGCCUGCUAAGUCAGCCUGGGCACGCCGCGACCCCCUCCCCCGGCCGCCAUUGGUGCCACUUAUCUCCAGCACCACACGCCACCCACUUCCAGUUACUGCGACCGCGCUUCUGCUAGCUGCGUCCCAAGCUGCCCACUCACCCACUGCCUGCCUGCCCGCCCUUGCCCCCGUCGUCCCCCCCCAGCCAGCCAGCAGCCAACAGCCGGCUCACCGCUAGCUCCGCUACUGUUCGUGCUACUGCUGCGUCGUUGCACCUCACUUGCACUGUGCGAGAUUCUCCGCGAUUCGAGAGGCCCCAGUCCACAGUCCACUACCACCUCUCACUAGUUUUUGCGCCGCCACUCCACUGACGCUCCUGCUCCACCUUGAGCUUGCGUCUUGUGUGCGUUAUCACCACUGGCGCAAAUCUGCCGAACUGCCACUGCCAUCCCACAAGCCCUUCCUGGAAACCACACCGUCUGCAAAUCAUCCGCGUCUAACCUGCACGCUAUCGUGCCUCUUGACGACGUUGCCAUUCUCCGGUUCUCUGGCUGUCCACCACCCUUGGCCCGCCUCCGUCCUCUGUCUUGGUGGUCCUAGCUGCCUGUCUUUCUGUGUCCGCGGCAAAUCACCCGCCGACGGUUUGCCAAACCGUCAUAUCUCUGCGGCCAUUCCCCUUCCUCCACAGCGCGCAACCAACCUAAUUUACGCUGCCGUCUACGAAGCUUCACAAGCAACCUCCCGCAUCACAGUCUAUGGACGGUCGACAAUCCGAAUACUCGCAGACAGAUCAAGCAUCUGCUGCGCAAUAUCCUCAAGGACAAGAUCCAAGAGGUCCCAACUACUCCACCUCGGCCACGCCCACCUCCGAAUACGCCAUCAAUCCCUCCUCUGCCCGGUCAGGGUCGUUCCCCGAGUACAUUCAGCGUUCAUACCAGUCCAGCGCUCAAGGAGCUGCAGCUGGAGGUAUGGCGCAACCACAGAAUCCAUCAAUCGCCGCUGCUACCAGCCCAACCUACCCUCAGCACGGGCAGUACUCGCCGUACACCCCACACCACGACAUGCAGCAUCACUCUGGUUACCCUAGCACCCCAAUGUAUGCCUCGCGACCGGAAUGGGCCGGGCAAUAUCCCCAGCCCGGCGUGCAUUAUGGUCACCCUGCCACCUCUGGACCGCCUGCGCCAGCCAUGGUAUCGCCAAUCCAGCGCCCUCCCCAGGGCGGACAUCCGUUGUCAACCGUUUAUUCAUUUGUCCCCAUUCCUGGCGCGCAGCAGCACAAACGCCCGCGCCGGCGAUAUGAAGAAAUCGAGCGCAUGUAUAAAUGUGGCUGGAACGGCUGCGAGAAGGCAUAUGGCACACUUAACCAUUUGAACGCGCAUGUCACGAUGCAAUCGCAUGGCGCAAAGCGUACGCCAGAAGAAUUCAAAGAAAUCCGCAAGGAAUGGAAGGCCAAGAAGAAGGAGGAGGAGGCUGCGCGCAAAGCUGAUGAGGACAGGCACCGCGCUGCCGCCGAACAAAACCGCGCUGCUCACGAGAACGGCGGCGAAGCACCCGUGUACGGUCAGAUGCGACAGGCAGUCGGUGUGCCCGGCCAAGCACCUGGCCACCCUCAACAACUUCCUCCCAUCGGCUACCAACCUGCUGCCUCUGGCAACACGUCGGGUCCUCAGUAUGGGACGCAGAGCCCAGGUCUCGCCGAGGGCAUGGCUCAUUACCCGCAGUCGCCCUACGGCUCUAACCCGCAAAUGUACCAGCAAGGGCAUUGAACUCGACCGCAAAUCUCUCCCAUGACGGCGCAAUAGGCUGAUGCGUUCGCGGUUCGCCCGGGCUCUCAGUCCUUUGCCGAAAAAUGAAAGCAUCAAAAGAUCAUCUAUCCCCAUGUUCUAUUAUCCCCGCAGUAUCCCUCGAUGAUUUCCUUUUAUGGGGGUUCUCUGCAUCAUUCGUCAAGGUAGUAGCAUGGAGUGGUUUCAGCAUCCUCAGCUCUGUUUCAUCUGCAUUUUCAACUGGCGGCGGCGGCUGUGUUUGUUUGUGGUGUUCUACGGUACCCGGAAACGAUCAUCUUUGAAAUGGCGAAAUAAGUAUUUUCCUUACGGUGGUCCCUUCCCGCAAUUUACAUGAGGAGUGACGAGACGGAUGAUCGAGAGAUAGAUUCGAGUGGGAUGUCGCAUGGGAGCGGACUUGUUCUUUGCUUUCACUUCCCAUGAUUUUUUCCUCUUCCAAUCAGUUCGUCUCUCAAAAUUGGGCUUAGUUUUCUUCACUUCCCCCAUGGCUAGACACGAUGCAUGUAACAUGGCGCGCUUCUGAAACAAUUGUACCUUGCUUUUACUUCUACUGCCUAUAUUCGUUGGAUGCUUUUGUGUUUUGUUUCAGAGGGGCUGCCGUGGGUGGGUGGUUAGUUGCCUGUGCAAAAAGGCGGAGGAAGGUCGGGAUUCUUCAGUACACAAUUUUUCAAUUUUUUCGUCUGUUUGUCAUCUUUGGACUGUAUCAAUAAUAACCUGUCUAUACGUAAAACCUUGCACGCAUCAAAAAAGAAAAACCCAACAAAAAAAAUGCCUCAAAAAUGCCUCGCUGAAACGGCGGAAUC